AUGCUGGAGGGGCUGAGGAGGAGCAUGCGAGGCGGAGCUGGAUGGAGCCCCGCUCUGCUGCGGGGAGUGACGACGCAGAUACUGCAAGAAGGCACCGUCCGGGAGGUGGCCGGUGCCCCCCAGACGGGUGCCCUGCCCUUUGACGCCAUCCCUCAUAGCCCUGGCAACAGCUGGAUAAAGGUGCUGAGGCUGUGGAAGAGCAACAGCUUGGAGACUUUGCACUACACCCAGGAACGGCUCUUCCAGCAGCUGGGGCCUAUCUACAGGGAGAAGUUGGGCAAGACGACCUCAGUGAACGUGAUGCUGCCCGAAGACGCUGUACAGUUGUUCCAGGUGGAGGGCACACAGCCUCGCAGGAUGGCAGUCACACCCUGGCUGGUCCACAGGCACAUCCGCCACCAUAAAUGUGGACUCUUCCUACUGAAUGGCCAGGAUUGGCGAUUGAACCGGAAGAUGCUGAACCAGGACGUCAUCUCCCCGGCCGGGGUGCGCCAGUACUUGCCCCUGCUGGACACCGUGGCCCAGGACUUCAGCCGAUUACUACAGCGCCGGCUGCAGAACAACGCUCGCGGCACCACCACCAUCUCCGUCAAGGAGGACCUCUUCUGUUUCACUGCGGAGGCGAGCAACUUCGCCCUGUAUGGGGAGAGGCUGGGGCUGCUGGGAUCAAAUCCCCGGCCGGAGGCUCUGAAGUUCAUCAGGGCCCUAAACAAAAUGCUGGAGACCACACUGCACCUGCUCUACCUGCCGCCUGGCCUGGCCCGCCUCAUCUACCCCCACAUCUGGGAGCAGCACCUGCGUUCCUGGGACCACAUCUUUGAGCACGCCGAUAAAUGCAUCCAGAACAUCUACCAGGAGCUCUGCCUGGGCCGCCCACUUCGCUACACGGGCAUCAUGGCCGAGCUGCUGAUUAAGGCCGACCUCUCGCUGGAGUCCAUCAAGGCCAACAUGACGGAACUCACGGCUGGCAGCGUGGACACGACGGCAUAUCCACUGCUGUUCCUGCUGUUUGAGCUGGCCCGCAACCCUGAGGUGCAGGCAGCCCUCCGGGAGGAGGUCCUGGCGGUGGAGAGAGCUGGGAUUGGAGCCAGUGGCAACCUCUCGGAGCUGAUCAAUGGUCUCCCCCUCAUCCGGGGGGCAAUCAAGGAGAUACUGCGGCUGUAUCCCGUCGGCAUCAUGCUGCAGCGUUACCUGUCCAAGAGCACCGUGCUUCAGAAUUACAACAUCCCAGCUGGAACGCUGUGCAACGUGGCACUGUACCCCAUGGGCCGCAGCCCGGCGGUGUUCACCUGCCCGGAGCGCUUCGACCCACGGCGCUGGCUGGGCAAGGACAACAACUUCCGCUCCCUGCCCUUUGGCUUCGGAGUACGGCAGUGCAUCGGCCGUCGGUUCGCCGAGUCGGAGAUGGUGCUCUUCCUGCGCCACAUCCUGAAGAACUUCCAGGUGGAGACGAUGUCCCGAGAGGACCUCAAGACUGUGCACCACUUCAUCCUCAUGCCGCACUCGCACCCGCUCCUCACCUUCCGCGCCCUCAAAUCGGACCUGCCUUCAUCAUCUCCUCCCUCACUGACUCCUGCCCUUGCUCCCUUCCAUCCCUCCCCCUGA